AUGAUGAGAGGAGACGUUGGGGAUUAUAUUAUUGUUGGUAAAGAAGAGUCGAAAGAGGAGGAUGAUGAUGAGCAUGAACCUCAGACUGUGCGGGACGCUGCCGUCCUUCCAACAGAGAAGAAGUUUUCCUGUACUGAGUGCGGGAAGUUUUUCCAAAUUAAAUCUAAUCUUAACGCCCAUAAAAGAUCUCACACGGGGGAGAAGCCAUUUUCUUGUCCUGAUUGCGGGAAAUGUUUUUCAAAGAAGUCCCAUCUUAUCACACAUCAGAGAUUGCACACAGGGGAGAAGCCGUUUUCCUGUUCUUGGUGCGAGAAAUGUUUUGUACAGAAAUCAGAACUUGUCAUACAUCAGAGAUCUCACACAGGAGAGAAGCCAUUUUCUUGUCCUGAGUGCGGCAAAUGUUAUUCAAGGAAAUCACAUCUUUGCAGACAUCAGAGAUCUCACACCACCCCUCGCCAUUAUAAGGGUGGAAAGCUCAGGAAUUAUAAUAUUGUUGUUAAAGACAAGGAUGAGCAUGGAGUGAGGAAGCCAUCAGGGAGAUGUCCCCGUCCUCUAAAUUCCCGGGAUUCCACACAGGAAGAUCACACCAUCCCUCACCAUGAUCAGGUAAAUUCAUACAAAUCAUUGGUAACGGAUUUAUACACAAACUUGUUUGAUACAAUGAAUGUUUUACCAAAUUUUCAGAGUGGAGACCUGGCGGAUUAUAAUAUUGUUGUCAAAGAAGAGUAUAAGACACAAGGAUCUGAUGAAGUCCCCUAA